UUUGACGACCCAAGCCUGACUAACUAUUCAAGAUGCUUCGGAACGGUCUCUACAGGGCUUUGUGCAAACACGGACGAUUUGCUUGAGCGCACUCGUUGAAACAGCCGCCGCAUUUGAGUGAAGAUGACCGCACAGAUGGCAGCUACGAAGGUCCCGGAGACACGUGACAUAACCAGGAUAGAGAGAAUUGGAGCUCACUCACACAUCCGGGGUCUUGGAAUAGAUGAUGCACUGGAGCCAAGACAGGUGUCUCAGGGAAUGGUUGGGCAGUUGGCAGCCAGGCGAGCAGCUGGUCUGAUUCUGGAGAUGAUCAGAGAUGGACAUAUUGCAGGGCGUGCCGCUCUCAUUGCCGGACAGCCUGGAACAGGAAAGACUGCCAUUGCUAUGGGUAUCGCCCAAUCUCUUGGCCCAGACACUCCCUUCACCUCCCUGGCUGGGAGCGAGAUCUUUUCUCUGGAAAUGAGCAAGACCGAGGCUCUCACUCAGGCUUUCCGCAAAGCAAUCGGAGUCCGAAUCAAGGAGGAGACUGAAAUCAUUGAGGGAGAAGUGGUCGAGAUCCAGAUUGACAGACCAGCCACAGGGACUGGGGCCAAGGUGGGCAAACUCACUCUGAAGACCACAGAGAUGGAGACGAUUUAUGACCUUGGCAGCAAAAUGAUCGAGAGUCUGACUAAGGAGCGUGUCACGGCUGGAGAUGUCAUCACCAUUGACAAAGCCACAGGGAAAAUCAGCAAACUGGGACGUUCUUUCACCAGAGCUAGAGACUACGAUGCCAUGAGUGCUCAGACGCAGUUUGUCCAAUGCCCAGAGGGGGAGCUGCAGAAGCGAAAGGAAGUGGUCCACACAGUGUCCCUGCAUGAAAUCGACGUCAUCAACAGCCGCACGCAGGGCUUUCUCGCCCUCUUCUCAGGUGACACAGGUGAGAUCAAGUCUGAGGUGCGGGAGCAGAUCAACGCCAAGGUGUCUGAGUGGAGGGAGGAGGGGAAGGCGGAGAUGAUCCCAGGGGUGCUCUUCAUAGAUGAGGUCCACAUGCUGGAUAUGGAGUGCUUCUCCUUCCUGAACCGCGCCCUGGAGACGGACCUCUCCCCCGUGCUCAUCAUGGCCACGAACAGAGGCAUCACACGUAUUCGCGGCACAAACUACCAGAGUCCUCACGGGAUCCCCAUCGACCUGCUAGACAGACUGCUGAUCAUCGCCACCUCUCCUUACACUGAGAAAGAGACUCGGCAGAUCCUCAAGAUCAGGUGUGAGGAGGAGGAUGUGGAGCUGAGCGAGGAGGCUCACACCGUCCUGACACGCAUCGGAAUGGAGACGUCGCUGCGCUACGCCAUCCAGCUCAUCUCCACCGCCGGCCUCGUCUGCCGCAAGCGCAAGGGCACUGAGGUGCAGGUGGAGGACAUCAAGCGCGUGUACUCUCUGUUCCUGGACGAGGCGCGCUCCUCCCAGUACAUGAAGGAGUACCAGGACUCGUUCCUCUUCAACGAAACACAAUCUGCCCAGAUGGAGACCUCGUAAUGACCCCAAUGUUACGGCCCCUUUUGUGUUGUCUGUCUGUGUCCUAAGUUUUGCCUUGUUUUCCUUAUGAAUGUUGCUGUAUUUUCUUUUUUUUUUUUUUAAAUGAACUUGUUUUUUUAUGAAAGCUAGUGGAGUGUACUGCUCUCAGUCUGUGCAUCACCGAGGUCCUGUGAUCUUUGUUGCUUUGGUUUUCUGAGGAGGAAUCUUUGCAGUGACGGCAAUGUUGAGAGAGCUGCAAUGUGGCAAUUAACCAACAUGCAAUUCUUGGUAAUGCUGUUGUAUUCCACUAUGGUAAUAUUCCAAACAUUGUAAUUAAGAGCUGAAUAAUGCCAUAUUGUUGCUCUCCGACUAGUAAUUCAGGUAACAAUAUCUGCAAUGAAAAUAAAAUAACAAUGUUACGACCUUA